ACAGACAGACAGCUGGGCAAUAGCGAGGGCCUGAUUUCACCAGUGUUCAAGAUCUGGGACGAUUUAAUUUUUUCAAUCUAGAACGGUCUCAUUCUCAUCUUCAGUAGAGCCACUGCUCAUCAAAUCAGGAUGGACAGCUUCGAGAAACAGCUUAUUUGUCCCAUUUGUCUGGAAAUGUUUACGAAACCUGUUGUGAUUCUUCCAUGUCAACACAAUCUUUGCCGGAAAUGUGCUAAUGACAUUUUCCAGGCCUCAAAUCCAUACCUUCCUACCAGAGGAGGCACAGUGACGUCGGGUGGCCGUUUCAGGUGUCCAUCAUGCAGGCAUGAAGUUGUGCUGAACCGUCAUGGGGUCUUUGGUCUGCAGAGAAACCUUUUGGUGGAAAACAUCAUUGACAUGUACAAACAGGAGUACAUCAGCAGCCGACCCUCUCCUGAGAGGAAAGUUGACCAACCAAUGUGUGAGGUCCAUGAAGAUGAAAAGAUCAACAUAUACUGCCUGACCUGCGGCGUCCCCACCUGUUCUAUGUGUAAAGUGUUUGGUGCUCACAAGGACUGUGAAGUGGCCCCCGUUAACAGUAUAUACCAAAUGCAAAAGACAGAGCUCGCGGAUGGAAUAACAAUGAUGGUCAGCAAUAAUGACAGGAUCCAAGGCAUCAUCAGUCAGUUGGAGGAGACCUGCAGGACCAUAGAGGAAAAUGGCAGACGACAGAAGUCCCAGGUGUGUGAAAAGUUUGACCAAUUGUAUGCCAUCCUGGAGGAGAGGAAGAGAGAGAUGAACCUGAAAGUGGCAGCCGAACAGGAUGAGAAAGUUAACUAUAUCCGUGGCCUCACAAGGAAGUAUGGAGAUCAUCUAGAAUCCAUGACCAAAAUCAUGGAGACAGGAAUCCAAACGUUGGAGGAGCCUGAGAUGGCUGUUUUCUUGCAGAAUUCCAAAUCCCUCUUGCAAAAGAUUGCAGAGGCAUCGAAUACCUCCCACCUGGAGAGAGUGGAGUGUGGCUAUGAGAGCAUGGAUCAUUACUCUGUGAGCUUUAAAAGAGAGGGCAGGGCCCUGUGUAAUAUUGACUUCACCAGAGAUGACGAGGAAGAGGAGGAGGAUGAAGAUGAUGUGGGCGUUGAUACGGAAGGCCGUGCAGAGCAGACAUCCUUGGGAGGAGCGGAUACAGUGGACCUGUUGAAUGAACCCCUUCCACCCCUCCUGCCGCCACAAAUACAGAGCAAACACAAACCCGCCACAUCAUACUAAAUUCACAAAGUGCACCCACACACACACACAAAAUCUUCUGUUUGCAGCCUGAUCUAAAACUUAUGAACGCUUGUACGGCUGUGGACACUUUUAAGACAGAGAACUGGACUAUGACACAUAGCUGAAUUUAAGAAGCUAUACUGUUUUUCAGUUACUGCUUAAGAAAAGUCACUUGAUGACUAAAUAUAAACGUAGAUGACUUAAGAAACACUUCCAAGAUUUGUGGUGUUGUUUACUGCGUAGGGAGUGUUCGUGUGGUAUUUUCAUUGCAGUUGGCACGGCAAUGGUAUUUGAGUUAUGAAUGAUACGAAUCACUUUAAAUGUUCUUUGGAUUUCAUAUAAAUAUCACCGACAAAUAAAGGUUUACUUUUGUUGGUUCCAGUCCCAAAACUGUAAACUUCAUGUAAUGCAACUGGAGCCUAUAUAGGUAGUGUAGUAAUUUGUAAUGGAUUCAAUUUAAAAGCAUAUAAUCUAGUUCAUUUCAUUUGGAUUUAAAUCACUCAUGUAUCCCAUAGUUGCCUAAUCUACUCUGAGAAACAUUUGUUGCAGAGUGUGGAAGUAAUCUCCAUAUUGCACUGACUCUCUGCUCUGUAAACAAGUCUUGUUCGCACUUCUCGGUGGUCGAGCUGAAAUAACAAUGCCAGGGCAUUGCGUAAUCCAUAUAUUCUGACUCAGUGGAGGGUGAUCAGUGACAGGAUGUACUUCUGCGACUGGAUUCACAUGGAUCACAGCUAUGAUAAACUUAAUGAGGCCCAGGAAGCAAAACUCAGACACAACAGUCAUCUCAACAUGUGUGGCUUUAACCUUCUACAAUUGGCGGACCAUAUUAAAAUAGUGGUUAAAGUGAACAGAAAUGUUCUGAGUUUCUUGUUAACUCGCAAAAAUUUUAGUUUGUCUCGAUAGAAAGUUAUUGAUUGGUUUCAGAUGUGCUUUACCCAAUACAUUUAGGGCAUGGUUCAGUUAAAGUCUGCACCCAAGACUUGACUGUAAAAGAUCUCCAGUUGCUGUAUAGGUACAAUGAGUCACAUACCAGUUAAUUGGUUUGGUGUCAAACCAGGUUAAAUGUGUGCAAGGUGUGCAUAUUGCAACUGACAAUCAGUCAUCUUUUCAUAGCAGCAGGCAAGUCCACAGGUACUUGAUGUUAAUUUACCUAACACUUUGCCAAAAAAGAGUGAAUCAUUUGUUGGGAGAGGUGCAGCCACUUCCAGUAAUGGAUUCAGUCUGCUAGGUGUAAUUGGAUUAGAAAGUAUUUAGUUACUGUAAUCUAAUUACUUUUAGGCACCAAAUGUAGUGUAACGCAUUACAUUAUAAAUCUUGAAAUGAGAUUACAGUUACUGACUUUCAAUGAAAGUAAUUACUUUUAAGUACAGUGCUUGGGUUACAAAUAUUUCUAAAAAAAUACAUGUAUUUGUAAUACAGUUAAAAUGUGAAUUAAUAUGUUCAAAAAUAUGUCUGUUUGCGUUUCUGUAACAGCUGAAGGGUGUGCGACAAUGAAGGAGAAAAUAGACAUUAUUUGAAUUUAUUAAGCGGAAAAACAAUGUUUGUGACAAGUGUUUUAGAAAGUAACUUAAAAGUAAAGUAAUUAGUGAUGUGAUCAUUAGUAAUCAUUAAAUUAUUCUGAUUACAAUUUUAGAGAAGUAGUUAGUAAUUUGUAGUGGAUUACUUUUUUUGGUAAUUUACUGGUCUUUCAAAUCUUUGUCAAAAGGCAAGUGACACAAACAUCUGUGUAAGUUGAUGUCAUGUACUUUGAGGUAUAUGAGGUAUAUGUUUAAGAUGCUUGUUUUUUAAUGACUUUUUUAAUAAGUGAACAUUUCUUUUCAGUAUAUGAUCAAGUUUUCUGCUGCUACACACUUUAAAAUACUGGUAACACUUUACAAUAAGGUGGUAUUUAUUAACAUUAGUCAAUGCAUUAGGUAUGAUGAAGUAACAAUAAACAAUACAUUUUACAGUAUGUAUUAAUUUUAAUAAAGAAUUUAGAAUGUGCAAAAAAAAAAUUGUUCGUAGUUCAUAAUAGUAACAUACAACUUUUAAUUAAAAUAUUUAAAUAUAUGUUGAAAUUUAACAUCAGCCAAGAUUAACAAGUGCUGAAAAAGUAUAGUUCAUUAUAAUGUUAACGAAUACAACCUUAUUGUAAAGUGUUACAAAAAUGUUUAAUUGUAAUUUAAAUAAUGGAAUAGAUUCAACAUUUAAUAUGUAUAUUAACUAAUCGAACUUUUGGAAAGGAAUAAUAGUUUUCGCCUGGGGAAACCAAUCAGGAACGAGAUGCAUCUCCUGUCAAUCAUCUCCGGAUGAUCAUUACGUCACAAUCAAAUCACCGAGAAUAUUUAAUACGAUCCUUCGUUGAUUGUAUUCACAAUAUGUUGCUGCCUUGAAAAAUCGAAAUGUUUGUGAAAUUAUUGUCAAUUUAUGUUUAAUGAUUCGAUGUAUUUUUCUAUUUACCCACUCCUGUUCAUACGGCAAUAAUCUAGACAAGAAAUGUCAAACUGGCUUUCAAAGUUUUAUUGAAAAAUAUAAAUAUAAGACAUUCUCUUGCACAACAAAAAUCAAUGGUUGCUCAUUAGUUUAUUAACAAACUUAAACAAUGUACUGUAUGUUACAAUGAAACUCAAGUCUGUCAGAUAAAAUAAUAAAGUACUUGAAAAUAUUAAAUUCUUCUCUCUCUCUCUCUCUCUCUUUAUUUUUUAUUUUUUUUAAGAAAUCCGUUUUGAACCAUCUACAGCUCUGAAUGAUCACUUAUACAAUAACACUGAUGGAGAUUGAUGACAGUUUUGCGCAUCUGAACAAUUUACCAGUCAUGGUCAUAUACACCAACUCUAUUCGCUUUCAUUGAAAUAUCUACAAAUACAUACUGUAAGUCAUCGGUAUAAAUAGAUCGUGAUGGAUAAGCAGCACUAUGGUACAGAAUAUUUAUGUUUGUGCUAAAUGUAAAAAUAUCUUUGGCA